AUGUCUUUCUCCUUCUUCCUAUUCCUUUCAUUCUUUCGUUUUUUCUUUCUUUUAAAGAAAAAGGAAGGAAAAAAGUAUUCUUCCAUAUUCUUGCUUUCUUUUUUAGGCUUUGUUUAUUUUCUGUCUUUUUUCUUUCUUUCUUUUUUAAACUUUCUUACUUUUUCUAUUCGUUUCUUCCUUUCAAUCUUUCUUUCUUCCUUUCUUUUUCUUUUAUUUAUUUUGAUUUCUCUUACUUUCUUUUAUUAUUUCUGCUUUCCUUUGUUUUCUUUUUUGUUUUUCCUUUUUCACCUUUUAUUUUUUCCUUUUGUUAUUCUUUCUUUCUUUCUUUCUUUCGCCCGCUCUUUCUUUCGCCCGCUCUUUCUUUCGCCCGCUCUUUCUUUCUUUCUUUCUUUCGCCUGCUCUUUGUUUGUUUGUUUGUUUGUUUGUUUGUUUGUUUGUUUUUCUUUCUUUCUUUCUUUCUUUCUUUCUUUCUUUCUUUCUUUCUUUCGCCGCCCGCUCUUUCUUUCUUUCGCCCGCUUUUCUUUCGCCCGCUCUUUCUUUCUUUCUUUCUUUCUUUCGCCCGCUCUUUCUUUCUUUCUUUCGCCCGCUCUUUCUUUCUUUCGCCCGCUCUUUCUUUCUUUCUUUCUUUCUUUCUUUCUUUCUUUCUCUUCAUUUCGCCCGCUCUUUCUUUCUUUCUUUCUUUCUUUCUUUCUUUCUUUCUUUCUUUCUUUCUUUCUUUCUUUCGCCCGCUCUUUCUUUCGCCCGCUCUUUCUUUCUUUCUUUCUUUCUCCCGCUCUUUCUUUCCUCUUUCUUUCUUUCUUUCUUUCUUUCUUUCUUUCUUUCUUUCUUUCUUUCUUUUCUUUCUUUCUUUCUUUCUUUCCGCUCUUUCUUUCUUUCUUUUCUUUCUUUCUUUCUUUCUUUUCUUUCGCCCGCUCUUUCUUUUCUUUCUUUCUCUUUCUUUCUUUCUUUCUUUCUCUUUCUUUCCUUCUUUCCCGCUCUUUCUUUCGCCCGCUCUUUCUUUUCUUUCUUUCUUUCUUUCUUUCUUUCUUUCUUUCUUUCUUUCUUUCUUUCUUUCUUUCUUUCUACUGUUUCAGUUUCUUUUACUUUAUUUCGCAUUCAUUUUCUUUCUUUUGUUUCUUUUUCUUUCAUUCCUUCUUUUAUUUUUGUCAUUCUUUCUUUCUUUCUUUCUUUCUUUCUUUUACACUCUUUCUUUUUCUUUCUUUCUUUCUCGUUCUUUCUUUUAUACAUUUGAUCUAUCUAUCUAUCUAUCUAUCUAUCUAUCUAUCUAUCUAUCUAUCUAUCUAUCUAUCUAUCUAUCUAUCUCAUGUAUGUAUGUAUGUAUGUAUGUAUGUAUCUAUCUAUCUAUCUAUCUAUCUAUCUAUCUAUCUAUCUAUCUAUCUAUCUAUCUAUCUAUCUCAGUGUGUUCAUAUCUAUCUAUCUAUCUAUCUAUCUAUCUAUCUAUCUAUCUCAGUGUGUUCAUAUCUAUCUAUCUAUCUAUCUAUCUAUCUAUCUAUCUAUCUAUCUAUCUAUCUCAGUUACUUCCUGACUCACUCUGACCGUCCUAUCUAUCUCCGUGUGUUCAUAUCUAUCUAUCUAUCUAUGAAAGGGACAAAACUAUUCUUAUGUUCAUAUCAUUCAGUAAUCACCUACCAUGAGUGGCUCUUGAACCUUGUACUGGAUGAAAUUUAUCAUCUAUCUAUCUAUCUAUCUAUCUAUCUAUCUAUCUAUCUAUCUAUCUAUCUUAUCUGUUCUUUUACUAUCUAUCUAUCUAUCUAUCUAUCUAUCUAUCUAUCUAUCUAUCUAUCUAUCCAUCUAUCUAUCUAUCUAUCUAUCUUAGCCUGUUCUUAUCUAUCUAUCUAUCUUAGCCUGUUCCUAUCUAUCUAUCUAUCUAUCUAUCUAUCUAUCUAUCGAAACCUUUCCAGAUCUAUCUAUCUAUCUAUCUAUCUAUCUAUCUAUCUAUCUAUCUAUCCUCCUCAUACUCAUAAUCUUGAUUUUCUUUCACUUCCUUUUACGUUCAUAUUCUCUACCAUGAGCGACUUUUGA